UGGUCUUCGCAACAUACGAAUUUUGUUUUGAAGAAAAUGCUGUGUUCAAAGGCCAAAACCAGGAGGCUUUCCGAUGGCUGUAGCGGUAUUUUAAGAAAAGCAAACCCUCAAGUAUGUAGAGCUGGUGGUCUGCAGGCUAAUGAAAUGGUUUGUCAGCGCCAUUUUGAUAAAAUUCGAAGAGAGGACGACAGGAGAUGCUCGUGUCCAUCUACUUGGGGACACUCUUCAAGGCUGCACGGCCACGCGAUUCCUCAUCAUUUCUUUCCCACUCUUGACCAAGCUGGUUUUAAUUUUCCUAAUUAU